CAAGCACGAUGGUAAUGAUUUACAUUCGCUCGAAAACCACCCACGUCGUGGAGAAUGCCGAGGAGCAUACCGUAGGAGACGUCCGCUCCUGUAUCUGCCAGGCCGAAGGGCUGCCCCUGGAGGAAGUGAGGCUGUACGCUGCGGGGACGCUCCUCGACGACGACACCUUCCCUCUCGCCGACCUGACCGUCGACACCAUCGACGUCAACGUUGGCCUCAAGGGAGGGAAGGUCCACGGGUCCCUGUCGCGCGCCGGCAAGGUCAAGGGCCAGACCCCCGUGGUGGAGAAGAAGGAGAAGAAGAAGGGCAAGACCGGCCGCGCCAAGCGCAGGGCGCAGUACGAGCGCCGGCUGUUCCUCGCGAGCGUGAACCCUUCGGGCCGUAGGCUAGGCCCCAAUGCUCAGGGAGACAACAAGACAUAG